AUCAAUCAAUCAUGAACCCCCACAUUUUCACACACUAGCGCCAUGGCUCUCUCCUCUAUCCCCUCGAUCCCGCCCAAACCCCCUUUCCCACUUCCAAUUUAACAACCCUAAACCUCUAACCCUAGUCAAACACCAUGGCGGUUGUUACCGGAGACAGAUAUCUCGAAUCACUAGUGAAAUUCGUCGAAAAUCAGGCCGAGAAGUUAAUUGAAGGCACUCUGGUGCUGAAAUUGAAUCCAGUGGGUUUGCGCUACGUGCAAUCGAGGCUGGAAGCGUUUGGGGAGCUGGAGAGCUUGUUGUCCGGAGCUCCGGUCGAUUAUUUGCGCGCCUAUGUGUCGGAUUUGGGCGACCACCGCGCGCUCGAGCAGUUGCGGAGAAUUCUUUGCCUCCUUCCGUCGUUAAAGUUAGUUUCUCUGCUUCCUCCGCUCCGCAGGGAUCCGACGCCUCUGUUUCUACUUCCGUUCGGCAGUCUGAAGGUUUUGGAGCUCCGCGGAUGUGAUUUGUCCACUUCUGCAGCGAAAGGCUUGCUUGAGCUGAGGUUAACGCUUGAGAAACUGAUAUGCCAUAACUCAACUGAUGCAUUGCGGCACAUAUUUGCGAGUAGAAUUGCGGAUAUAAAGGAUUCACCCCAAUGGAACCGGUUGUCUUUUGUUUCGUGUGCGUGUAAUGACUUGAUUCUCAUGGACGAGUCUUUGCAGCUUCUUCCUCUGGUUGAAACCCUUGAUCUGAGUAGGAACAAGUUUGCAAAGGUGGAUAAUCUCAGGAAAUGCACCAAAUUGAAGCAUGUGGAUUUGGGAUUUAAUAACCUAAGAAGUAUUGCAUCAUUAAGUGAGGUCUCCUGUCAGAUUGUUAAGCUUGUCCUGAGGAACAAUGCUUUAACUUCAUUGCACGGCAUUGAAAAUCUCAAAUCUCUUCAAGGGCUUGAUGUUUCAUACAAUAUUAUUUCUAGCUUCUCUGAGAUCGAGGUUCUUGCUGGCAUCCCAUCUCUUCAGAUGUUGUGGUUAGAAGGGAAUCCUCUUUGCUAUGCCCGAUGGUUCCGAGCUAAAGUUUUCAGCCUUUUUUCUCAUCCAUACUUGCUUAAGCUGGACGAGAAGAAAAUAUCUGCUUGUGAGGAUUGGAAGCGGAAAAUAAUAAUUUCAGGCAGGCAGAAGCAGCCUGCAAGCUUUGGAUUUUAUUCACCAAUCCGUUAUGAUGCUGAUGUAGAAGAAGGUGCACAUACAAAGAAGAGGCGUUCACGUCUUGCAUAUAUUGAGAAUGACGAACAGAGGAUAUAUAAUGCUGAGCGAGAUUCGGUGUCAUGUGAUAAUGAUAUUGAGAGCAAAGGAGAAACUGUGCACAUAGAAGAAGAAACUGAAAUUGAAGAUUUGAUUAAAAGAAUUGAAAAUUUGAAGAAGGAUCGCUCUUCCAUAUGGUUGGAGGAAUUUCAAGAAUGGAUGAAUCAAACAUCAGAAACUGUUGUUGAUGGCUGUAGAUUUAGGAGUGCUAAAUCACAUAGAAACAAAGAGAUGUGUGUGAAGAGUGAGUCAGAGGAAGCUGACAUUGACAAUGCCGAGCCCUCAAGGUACAUCUCUGACUCUUUUCAGCUUUCUGGGGAUGAGAGCAGCACAAUCAUUCUGGGAUCCGAGACAUCCUUUGCAGAUACAUCAGUUGUCAGUGCUCAACAAUAUUUUGAUCGAAUUGGCGAAGCAUCUUCAAGGUUGUUCAUGGGGCAUGGUGGAGGGGACAGAUCUGUUUUCAAGAAUUUUAGUGAGAGUCAGGAAGAACUGAGAUACUUAAACAAUGAAGGGGGUAUGCCUGUAGAUGCCGUAUACUUGCGGGUUAAUUCCCUUGAAAUGCCCAGAGGGGAUAAUUUGAGUGCAGAAAACUUGUCUGUUCCGUCAACAAUGGCAAUAAAUAAUAUAAUGGGGACCCAUUUUUCCUCUGCUUGCCCGGCAUCUCCACCUCAUUACCAAGAGGAUAUUUUACAACGACGACACAACUUAGAAGAAGAAUUUCUACAGCUGUCUGCUGAAUCAUUCUCAGUGGCAUCAUCUGAUAGUAAUACAAGUUGUAGUGACCAUGAUUCUGCUCGAGUUGGCCCUUCAAUGUCUCAUAUUGAUCAUUCUGUUAUUGAGAGUUCAUCUGAAAGAAGUAGCGAGAAGUUCUACAUAGCUGCCUCGGAAGAUGAUGCAAGUGAUGCAAAGCAAAAUGGAACUGAUUUGUCAGCUUCUCAUAGUCAAGGGAAUUCUACUUACACCAAUGGUAGAGAGUUGGAAAUUGCCCUUCCUGGCAGUGGUAGGUCUUUAGAUGAUUCACAAGAUGAUGAUAAUUUAGGAUUUAUUAAGGGGAAAACUGUUUGGUUGGAGAAAAAUAGACGAAGAAGGAAACCCAGUAGAAGGAUGAAUUCCUUACCCGAGGAGGAUGAUGUGCCUGGUAAUACUGACUCGUCAAAGAGAUCAGGUGAUGGCAUAGAAACCUGCUGAAGUGAUGGUUUAUGAUCCAAAAAAACUGUUGGGAUUUGAGCUGUGGAAAUCCAGUCUGGACAGAACUACCUCUACCGUAUUUAGUUAGUAUAACAAGGGAGCUAGAUCUUGAGUUCCACAAAUGAAAUUAAUGAAAAGAUGGUUGUGUACAUAAAUUAACUUGAAUUGCGCUUCUAAUGGGGAUUGGGGGGGGGGGGGGGGGGUGAGUGAACUUCUACGCAGUACGUGCAUUGUGCAAUGUCUGAUCUCUGAACUUCUGAAUCUAUUUUAGUCCGAAAGGGUUACUUCUCUCAGGCUUAGAGAUUUGGAGAGGAAUGAGGAUUCUCUAUAACCAGGGCUUCUUAGUUCUUAUAUGUUACUUUCAGAUUUGCUGUCUUGUUACGUGAUGCCUGCUGCUUUUCUGGUAGUGUCUGUUUUCAGUUGGGAUUGUAUGGGUGUCCAUGCAAUAUAUCUGUUGUACUUGGAGAGCAUGAGAGUGAUCUGACCUCCUGCUGGUUGAAAGCUUACCAUCUGACGAGGUGUCAAUGUCUGAAUGACAUUGACUUCUUGUGGCCUUUCUAGCUUCUCUUCUCAUUCACCUUGUGUCUGAGUACGGUACCUUCCAGGAUUUCUGUUCAUGUUUGAAGGGCAUCCGCUCCUGGACACUGAAGAUCUCCAGCUAUGAUCGUUCCACUGGGCAGGCGUUUAUGUACCCCUUGUUAUGUUUUGCUAGAUCCAUCUUUUAUGCAUCUGAAAUGUGAGUUCCCUUGAGCAAAUGUCAUUUUAUCCCAUGCAAAAUGGAGCAUAUGGGAAUCGUGAUGUGAAAGAUGAAACAUACUUAUGAUAUCAAAGCAUGGAGGUAGGGUCGGUUCUCCGGUUUUCUGGUCGUGCUGAAUACAAUCAACGCGGAGUCUGAGAUAAGAUAUUGAUGAUUGCUUGAAAUUCUCUGCUCGUUUGUGACUCAUUCCAGUUUAUUUCACUUUGGCGUGCGUCGUGUCCUAGAUACUGAUCUGGUCUUUGCUUGUAAAUGGUACGAUUUUGUGGUUUGUUCUAAUUGAUUGAUUGAUUGAUUGAUUCCCUUUAAAAGCAAUAGUUUGAAGAGUUGUAUAGUGUAGUUAAUUAGCUAGGAUAUAAAACAUUCUUGUGUUGUACAUACAUGAUGAUUUUGCAUUGGAUAAUACAAAAAAUUUCCUUUUUUUUAA